GCCACGCAAAAAAAGGAAAUAACAAAUUGAUUGUUGAAAGGACGUCCAGGAAUAUUUUUGGCCAGACAGAGAGAGCUACGUUCGCACAAGGUACAGGAGCAAACAGGCAGCAGACAUGUCUUGGCUGAACAACAGCCUCAACUCCAUCAAGGGCCAGCUGACGAAUCUGGCCCAGGAAGUGCUGGCCGACACUGCCGGACCAGGCGACGAGGACUACCGCGGCGCGGAUACUGAUACAAAGACGGCCUUGGACCUGCUGGCGGAGUCGCAACACCAAAAGGAACAGCUGGACCAGCUCUGUGGGGACAAGGAUCGCGAGAUUGCUGCACUUCGGAGGCAAAUUACAAAACUGAAUAGCCAACAAAUUGGCGACGGAUUCGUCACACCAUCAUCAUCUGCCGCAGGAGCCGCCACAACAGCCGCAGAGCCUCUGAAACAGCCGCAGCGGAAGGCCGCUGAAGACCAGAAUGUGGAGGACAGCUGGGAGUGCUGGGACGACGGCGCCGACGGAUCCGAGGGACAGGGAGACGCCACAGCAGCCGGAACAGCCGGGACAGAAAGCUCGGGGGCGGGACUCGUGGACAUAGCCCUGGGCAACAGCGAUGUGUCCCGCCUGAACGCUCGCAUCGCGGGGCUGGAGCAGCUCAACGCACAGUUGAACGCCUCGUUGGAGGAGCUGGACGCCCAGCACGAGCUGGCCAUGCGGGAUGUGCUGGGGCGCAAAGAGCAGCUGCAGCUGCAGGUGGGGGAGCUGAGGCAGCGGCAGGCGGACCGCAUGGUCGAGCACGAGAUGGCCAUUGCCCGGCAGCAAAAGCAGCUGGAGGAGCACAGCAGGGCGGAGAGUGCCCUGGCGGCGGCCAAGGAGGAGCUGCAGCAGAAGCUGGAGCAGCAGGCGCUGGAGCUGAAGCAGGGAGUGCUGGAGCUGGCCGGGAUGCAGGAGCUGCUGGAAAAGCGGGGCGCGGACAAUGGCGAGCUGAUCGAUCGCGUUCGCCUGGCCGAGGCGGAGCGGGAGAAACUGCUCAAGGAGCUGGAUGACCUCAAGCUGGCCAAGGAGAAAAAGACCUCUGAGUCGUCCUCUAACAGCUCCUCCACCUCCACCAAGCACAGUGAGGACGAGUUCAUUGUGGUGCGACAGGCGGAUGCCAUCUCCGGCUCCGGCUCUGGCUCCGAUCCAGACCCCGAUCCGGACCCCACGCAACCCCCGUCUAAGGAGAAGCUGCGCGACAAGCUCGUGGCUCUCGAGACGCUCAUCGCGGAGCUCAACCUGGCCAACAGCCAGCUGCAGGACGCCCAGCUGGAGAAGGAGCUCUCCUCCAGCCUUCUGGGCGAUCAGCUGGCCGAGCUGGAGACCCGCCUGCGCAUCAGCGAGGGCGAGAAGGAGCAGCUGCAGCUGGAGCUGCAGUUCAAGCUGCAACAGCUCACCAUGCAGAACCAGGAGCUCAAGCUGAACGCCGAGGCGGAGCAGGAGACCCACACGCACGACUUGGAGCAGCAAAUGGACACCCUGCGCGCCGACAAUCGGCGACUGCGCCAGGAGCUGGACGCCAGCAUAGCCCAGGCCAAGUUCCGGCAGGCCAUUGCCGAGGAGAAGCAGGAGAUCACCGACCUGGACGACGCCGAGGCGGACGACGAGGACGAGCUGGAGAAGCUUCGGUCCCUCCUGCAGGCCCAGAUUGAGGACCGCCUGUCCACGGCAGCGCCGCAGCAGAGCCUGGAGCGGGCCUACCGCGUCCUGAGCGAGCGCUGGCAGCGCCUCGACGCCGCCGAGAAGCGGCUGCUGGAGCUGCAGGACCAGCAGCGGAUCAGCGAUCACGAGAAGAAGACCCUGGAGGCAGACAUCUCGCAGUACAUUCUUCAGUGCGACGAUCUGAUGAAGAACAACGAGCUUCUACUCAACGAACUGGACAAGUUCAAGCGCAACAAGCUGGAGACCAUCGAGGAGCACCACGAGGAAACCAUUGUCCAGCUGGAGGGCCAGCUGGAGGAGGCCAGGCGCCGCCUUGAGACGGCGCACGAAGCCCAGAAGCGGCUCCAAUUGAAGCUGGAUGCGGAGGCGUCCCAGGCGGAGAAAGAGAAGGAGCAGGAGGACGACCGAAGCCAGAAGGAACAGGAGCUGAAAGAGUGCCGGACCAGGCUCUCCCAGAAGGAGUCGCAGCUAGAAGAGAUGCAGCGGCAGGUGGAAGAGCUCCACGCUGCCCAGGAGUACCACAAGUCCCAUCUGGCGACGCUCCACGACCAGAUCCAUGCCAAGGACGCGCAGCUGGAGGAGCAAUGCUUGCAUUUGGAGCAGCUCAAAGCGCAGAUCAAUGGCAAGGACGAGCAGCUGGGAGGGAGAGACUAUGAGCAGAUCUUUGAGCUGGAGAGGCUCACAGAACAGAUCCAGGCCAAGGAAGAGCAGCUGGAGAAGCAGGCCACUGAUCUGGAGCAGCUCACAGAACAGGUCCAGGCCAAGGAAGAGCAGCUGGAGAAGCAGGCCACUGAUCUGGAGCAGCUCACAGAACAGGUCCAGGCCAGGGACGAGCAGCUGAGCAGAUUUCAGCAGAGCGAGGAUAAGUUGAAGCAAAUGGUCCAGCAGACCUACGACAGCCUUAGCCAGGAGAAGAUAGAGCUGAUCCACGCGGUCCAGCAGAAGCACGCGGAGAACACCCAGUACUAUGAGGAGAUCCAGCGCCUGCAGCCUUUCGCGCAGCAGGUCGCCGAGCUGGUCCGCGAGCGCGAGACGCUGCAGGAGCAGGUGAGGAGAGUGCAGGAGCUCAAGGAGAAGUCGGAAAUGCGCAUCGCGAGCCUGUUGGCGGAGCAGAGCAGCCAGGCCCAGGCGGCCCGGGAGGCCCAGGAGCAGCAGGCAAGCGUCCAACGCGAUCUGGAGCGGCUGCGUGCCCAUCUCCUCGAGGUGGAGGAGCUGCACACCCAGGAGACAGUGGACCUGCAGCGCGAGCUGGACGAGUCGCGCACCAAGCUGACGGUCCUCCAGCAGGAGGUCUCCAAGUCGAGCACCGCGUACACUUCAGCCAGCAUUCGGGCGAACCAACAGGCGGAGACGCUGCAGACCCAGCAUGCCCUGCUCCAGCAGCAGCGGGACGAGCUGCUGGCCAAACUGGGGCAGUGCGAGGACCGCGAGAUGAAGCAGCAGGCGGCACUGACCAAUCUGCAGUGCGCCCUGGAACAGUUCCAGAACGACAAGGAGCACGACAUUGAGAUGGCCACCCAGCGCAUCCGCCGCGAGAUGCAGGCCCACUUGGACAGGCAGGACCGACUGCAGGCGGAAAUGGAGGCCAUGCAGCAGCAGCUCGCGGAGGCCAAUCGGGGACUGCGGGCGGCGGCGCGCCUCUCCGACCAGCUGGAGGCGGGACAGCAGACGAUCGCCGUGCUCAGGGAUGAAGUGGAGAGCCUGAAGGAGGCGAACGACCAGCUGGAGAAGAUGCUCAACAGCAGCGAGAGCAGCCAGACGGACAAGAUCGACAAGAGCCUGAUCAAGAGCCUGGUGAUCGGAUAUGUGGUGAGCGGAAAUGCUGCGGACAAGCAGCAGGUGUUGCGCCUGAUUUCUUCUGUGCUGGAGUUCACCAUCCAGGAGUUGGACAAAGUGGGUCUAAAUAAGCAGCAGACCAGCUGGCUGGGAGCCAUACUCGGCGGUGGACCAGUGUCGGGGGGCUCAGGCCCGGGCCGCGGCAAUGAGAAUUUGGUGCAGGCAUUCGUGCAGUUCCUCGAGCAGGAGUCGCAGCCACAGACGGCGGCUCAGCUGCGACCGACCCUCCUUGGUAUGACUGGUCAGGUGGACACGGCCCCCCCGCCCCCACAUCCCCAGCCACACCCACACUCACACCCACACCCACACCCAGCGCAGGCAGCAGCAGGGCAUGCUGCUUCAGCAGUGCCUGCGGGUCAGGACCACGGCUCAGCGCCGCCACUAUCUCUUCCAGCAUCGGGAAUGGGCGCGGGUGCCGGUGCCGGUGCCGGUGCAGGACAGUCAGGACAGCUAGCAAUAAGCUCCAAUGAAUUUGCACCCUCACGCAACUCCAGUUCGAUAUUGAAGGAUAUUCUCAGCGACUCCUGAUUCUUGUAGAAAGCCAGACUCCAUGGCCUGCUCUCCGCCCUUGUUUUUGAAUAAUUUUAACAUAUUUUUUUCUAUAUAUUUAAAUUGUAUGUGUGAAAUCUGUAACCCAAGCAUAUACCCAUGUUUAUAUCGGCAUAUAUCUCCGUUCCCCCAACUGUGCAAUGUCUGUGUAUGUGUGGACCAUUAGCAAUUUGUAAAUAUGUAAUAUCCAAUUUGAAUAUGCCUUGGCGGCGGAGGGUAUGCCUGUGCUUGCCUCCCGCCUGCCAUGGACACGCCUUCACAGGGGCCUUGCUAACAAGUAGCCUAGCCGCCAAUCAAUAAACGAAUCAAAAAAGAAAAAAUAAACUACAUAUAUUGGACAUUUUA